GAGGAAAAAACUGAACUCUCCAUCGUCAAGUUGACAUUUAAUCUGAAAAUAAGGUGUUUCACACGAUCGUAGAUGUAUCCACCGCGCCAAAAUGAACCAGCUAUGCAAAGUUUGCGGUGAACCAGCGGCUGGAUUUCACUUUGGCGCGUUUACGUGUGAAGGCUGUAAGUCAUUUUUUGGUCGAACAUACAACAACAUAUCCGCCAUAGCCGGAUGCAAGAACAACGGUGAUUGUGUGAUAAACAAAAAGAAUCGUACCGCCUGCAAAGCGUGUCGCCUUCGAAAAUGUCUCCUCGUUGGAAUGUCAAAAAGCGGUUCACGCUACGGCCGCCGAUCGAAUUGGUUCAAAAUUCAUUGUCUCCUCCAAGAACAACAAUCUCAACACCAACAACAUGGAUCCGCUUUGGGCAACAAUUCCCAACAAAUGACUUCAAAUCUAGAACAACUCAAUCACAUACACCAACAAUUGCAGGCACGUCAAACGUACCAAGACAAAACAAAUCCCUCCAUCAAGACUGCAAAUCUAUCACCACCCGCUCCUCUCACCCAACAACAACUGCACCAUCCUCUCCAUCAUCCGCAACAGUCCUACAACAACCAUCAACAACACCUCUUCCUGCCUGGCAAAUAUCUCAAUGGCAGUGGGAGUGGCGGGAGCAUAUCACACACAAAAUCCGAACCACGGUUAAGUUCACCGAGUGAUUCGGGAGCAUCAUCGGCAGAUCCCGAUGAUAGUAGUAGCAAUCGUGGUGUUCCCGAUAGUCCAAUCGAAGAUCGGCAAUUUAUGACAGCCUUUCGAAGUUCCUCAGUCGAGCCAUCACUUAAAGUAUUUUCUCCAACGGCGCUGAGUUCGAAAAUAAGCCCUUUUGUUGCUUUUCCUUCGUCGUGUUAUGCAACAAAACCAAUUUUACCACCAGUUCUUCCGCCAACAACCACAACGACAAGUUUAAGUCCGGCGAUAAGCGUGCAGGACGAACCAAUUGAUUUAUCAGUGAAAUCUCAAACUCAAUGUCGAACUUCACCUCAACCGACACCACCAACACCACCUCCGAGUACUCUAGACCUUCCGAAACCCGCCCCGCUGGACUUGACCCUAGUCCGAUCGCAACCAUUGUCGGGAUAAGACAUUAAAAAAAUGUCCUCUGGGGAGUUCAUAGUGCCAUACAAAAAUCUCUAAGGAUAAUGAAGAGGUGCUUCAAAAAAAUGUAGAAUUAAAAGAAAACAAGGCCAGUUCUUGCCUCGAUAAUUUAGUUUAUUUUGUUAUUUUUUAGGGACAUU